UUAGUCACGUGAGUUAUAAGAUAUCAACUGGAUGGAACCGAAAAAUGAGCGUCCGUGUACGAAUAUUUGUUCGGUCGUUCUCUCUCUUUGGUGCCUUGCUUAGAGGAAGGCGUGUUACUCCAAAGCGAGUUGUUCUACAAGAAGCAUGUCAAGACCAAGUCUACUCAUUGAACGAGCGAAGAGAACCAACACACGCGUUUGAAACUGCUCUGCGUGCCCUGCGCUGCUACGCAGUAGGUAGCAACGAAGACGAGCUGGUAGAACUGUCGCUACGACUUAAUAUGUUUAUAAAAAAGAACUCAAAAAGAGGAGCUUUUCGUGGAACUGUCCUUUUACCAAACCCACUAGGCACAGUAAAGAGAAUCGUUGUCAUUGCAGAGGAAGAAUUGAUGGAUUCUGCUAGACAAGCAGGUGCAGAUGUUGUAGGUGGGAAGGAACUGAUACAACAGCUGCAAGAAGGCUCAAUCAAGUUUGACAUAUGCUUGUCAUCUGAGUCUAUGUACGAUAGUCUGCAGCCUUUGCAGCGAACAUUAAAAAACAAGAUGCCUCAUCCUAGGCGAGGAACCGUUACUAAUGACCUGGUAGCUGCCAUAGAAAGGCUAAAACAGGAACACGAGUACAAUACAGACAAAGAAGGAAAUCUCAACACAGUAGUGGGAAAGCUUAGUUUUUCUGAUCGAUCAAUAGGAGACAACAUCAAGACAUUGGUACAAUCACUAAUGGCAUACAGAGUUCCCAAAGGUGCUUUAAUACAAUCUGCCACUCUGUCAUCUUCGGAAGGCCCUGGCUAUCGGAUAGAAUUCUCUCCUUUUCUUAGAAACUUGCAACCUGAGUCAGCAUGAACAACAAAUUAGUUUCUUUGAUUUAGAAUGAGCGUUUAAGAUAAUAGAUAUCAACGAGGACUCCUACGUAAACCGAAAGUGUGUGGUGUUGUCCCGGAAAACUGGCACGUGCCAACAAGUCGGUCCCGGAAAACGGCACGUGACAGCAUGUGUUGGUCCCGGAAAACGUCGCGUGGGAAUGUUUGAGUGAUCCCACCUCACGUGGAUUUUAGCCAAUCUCUUGGUUUUCCUGCAUUCUUCUCACGUUUUGCUUGAGCUCAAUUGACAUCUUUGCAUUUCGUUUUUUUUUGCAAGACACGUGGAACCUCGUGUUAGCAAUGUUGGCAUUUCACGAAUUCUGCACACCAGAUGAGCGCCAAGAAAUUUCCAAUGUUCUCUCACAACUGUUUGUACAUCUUCCAGAGGGAACAAGCGAAAUCGAAGAAUGGAAGAAAAUGUUUGUGAAGUGGAAGAGGCUGGCUGUUGACCCAACAAAGAACUAC